AUGGGCGUGCUGGAGUUGCAAGGCGACGGCGUGGCCUCCGAGUGGUCGUGGGCGUCGCCGGGCGUGGCGAGUCUCGGCCCGGCGCCCCUACCCGCCUUCACGCUCUGCCUGCACCUCCUCCUCCCCGCCUACAAGCCCUCGUCCACGCUCUUCUCCUACGCCACCAACGCCACGGAUAACUUCAUUACUAUGGACAUGAAAACGGACAACGUUGUGUUCAGUAUAGGAGGUAUAUGGUCGCAAGCGAAGCCCUCCUCAGUCCCUGGAAGCUGGGGUUCCAUUUGCCUCUCCUACGCGGCUCAGGAUGCAUUGUGGACCUACUACUCGGAUGGGAAAGUAAGGGCGUCGGGCACUCUCGGGUCCUCGAAAGGAGUUCGCCAUAUCUUUGUUCUUGUUUUUGGACGUUUGUAA